UGGAUUGGGCCAUCUUCUAGACGCGCUAUAUUGGAAGCGGAUAACGUUUUCCGGCAUUUCAACCGUAACACACUCCCUCUUUCAACAGCGGCGGCAUUUCGAAAAUUUUCAUUGAUAGACCUCUCUCUCAAUGGCCUCUCUGCCAUUUCAGCAGACAAUAACCUACUCCUCCAUUCUCAAUCCUAAGUUGAAGGAUUUCUUCCCACAUGGUUUCUUGCAACCGCCCAACAACACUUCAGUUUGUGAUGAUAUUAAUAUGAAGAGUGUGAUUAAGAAGAGGAGCAUUCGAUCAGUUAAAGCUUCUUCCGUCGAGACACCUCCAUUCAGAUUGUUGGAACCACCUAAUGCUGAUGAUUCGUCUUCUGAGUUGGAGCCUGCAGAUCCUGAUUUCUACAAGAUCGGCUAUGUCCGGAGUGUUCGUGCUUUUGGUGUGGAAUUUAAGGAAGGUCCUGAUGGGUUCGGAGUGUAUGCCUCCAAAGAUGUCGAACCACUACGAAGAGCCAGGGUUAUUAUGGAGAUUCCAUUGGAGUUGAUGUUAACUAUAAGUAAAAAACUUCCAUGGAUGUUUUUUCCCGAUAUUGUACCAAUAGGUCAUCCUAUAUUUGAUAUUAUCAACUCAACCAAUCCGGAGACAGAUUGGGACCUCAGGUUAGCAUGCCUUCUCUUGUUUGCAUUUGAUCGUGAGGGUAAUUUCUGGCAACUGUAUGGUGACUUUUUACCUAGUGCAGAUGAGUGCACUAGCUUGCUUCUAGCAACCGAGGAGGAGCUUACAGAGUUGCAGGACCAAAAUCUGGCUUUGACUAUGAAGGAGCAGCAGCAGCGGGCAUUAGAAUUUUGGGAAAAGAAUUGGCACUCUGGUGUUCCUCUUAAAAUAAAGCGUCUUGCCCGUGAUCCUGAGAGAUUCAUUUGGGCAGUGAGCGUUGCACAGACACGCUGUAUUAACUUGCAAAUGAGGAUUGGUGCACUCAUCCAAGAUUCCAACAUGCUCAUUCCUUAUGCUGACAUGUUGAAUCAUUCCUUUCAACCAAACUGUUUCUUCCACUGGCGUUUCAAGGACCGCAUGCUUGAGGUGAUGAUAAAUGCUGGGCAACGAAUCAGAAAAGGCGAAGAGAUGACAAUCAAUUAUAUGAGUGGCAAGAAGAAUAACAUACUUAUGGAGAGAUACGGUUUUUCAUCGUCAACGAACCCUUGGGAUGUCAUAAACUUCUCUGGCGAUGCCAAAAUUCACUUGGAUUCCUUCUUAUCAGUUUUCAAUAUCUCUGGCCUGCAAGACGAGUUCUAUCACAACAGUAUGGGCCGGUUGUCUGAUGGAGAAGAUGCCUUUGUUGAUGGAGCGGUUAUAGCUGCUGCAAGGACAUUGCCAACAUGGUCAGAUGGGGAUAUGCCUCCAAUCCCAAGUGCAGAAAGGAAAGCUGCAAGGGAGUUACAGGAGGAAUGCCAACAAAUGUUAGCAGAAUUUCCUACAUCCUCGGAUGAAGAUCAGCAGAUUCUAGAGUCUAAUCCACAAGCAAGUAGAACCCUGGAAGCUGCGAUCAAGUAUCGGUUACACCGGAAGCUAUUCAUAGAGAAAGUGGUCCAGGCAUUGGAUGUUUAUCAAGAGAGAAUAUUGUUUUGAUUGAGUGUUAUGUGGUGAGCAUUUAUCUGAUGUGCAACCCGCAUCUUUGCACACUGCAUGUUGGUUUUCAGUUCUGGCAACUGGGGCCCAGGUUUUGGCAAUCCAGAUCAUUGGUCUGUUGCCUCAUAGAUUGGAAGAUCCCAAUGACCAAUCCUGGUAUUGGAUUCAGGCCAGUUGACGUACCAAGUGGGGCAUGGUCCAUUUGUCGAAUGUGGACUGUUGUUGUAUUUAGUAUAAUUGUCCUUCUGUAGGCUACAAAUUGAAAAGUUUAAGACCAUCCAAUUGAGUAGACUUUUGGGGCAUAGUCCAUCAAUGGUUGGAUGCAACGGACCAUGGUCUCGAUUAUUCAACCACUGGCCCCACUUUCCAAAAUCGAAUACCUGCACAUCCUAUGCAAAGAUUCAGGUUGUAUAUUCUAUAAUCUCUUCUUCUUCUUCUUCUUCUUUUCUUUUUUUGUAGUCCAAAUAGAAGCUUCAGAUGUUUGGUAUCAUUAUUCCUCUCUUGACCUUUUUGAGCCCAGUACAUAUAUCUUCUUGGUUACCAGACAAGUUAUCAGAAGAUGGGUGAGCAACCACAUGAUCAAAAUGUAGGCUGUUCCUAUCUUGAGGACAUCUGAA